UUAAAAGUGAUUUUUUGCUUGCUUUGUUUACAAAAAAAAAUGAAUUCGUUUAUUGUGUUUGCAUUCUGUCUUGGAGUCGCUUUUGCCGGCGUAGUUCCAGUUGAUAAUUCCUUGAACGAAACAAACUCCGAGCAGGAAAUUAAAUUGCGUGAGUCCAUUGUGUCAAAUCAAAUAUCGGAAGUGACACGGUUGAUUGGAGAAGGUGUCAAUGUGAAUUGCACUUACUAUGGAAACCGGACAAUGCCAUUGCAUUUAGCGGCCAAAAAUGGCAAUGUUGACAUUAUGAAAAAACUCAUUGAAAAUGGAGCUGCAGUCGACGGGAAAACCCAUAGAAGAGAGACUCCAUUACAUUAUGCUGCUGCUUUUGGAAAAGCGGAUGCUGCUAAAAUUUUACUACAGCACGGCGCCGAUGUCAAUGCAAAGAAUGUCAAGUCUAAAACGCCUUUGCAAUAUACAUCUUAUCAGGGCUAUAUCGAUGUGGCGAAAAUUCUUAUUCAGCACGGUGCCGAUGUUAAUAGUAAAACUCAUUUCAAUGUGAGACCAUUGAGUACAGCUGCAACGAAAGGUCACACGGCCUUGGUUAGGUUGCUUAUCGAGAACGGUGCUGAAAUAAAUGCGCAGAACUCUUUUGGCUACACACCUCUUCACUGGGCCGCAUCAGAAAACGGAGGCAAUUUGGAGACAGUCAAAGCUCUGAUUGAAGAAGGGGCCAAUGUUAAUAUCAAAAGCUCCGGCGGUCAAACUCCACGCGACAUGGCGCAAGCUCCAGAAAUCAUCGAUGUUCUAAAAGAAGCGGAAGAGAAACAGGCACAAGCAGGACACUGAAUUUUGAUUUUAAUUUACCAUAGAUUUGCCAAGUGAAAUAGAAACACGGCACAAAAAAUUGAUAGAAAACUCGAAAUAAAAGUUUAAAUUAAAACUCGACAAAUAAACUGACUUAUGUUA